AAUGUCUUUUUACAGAGUGUAUCAAGCAAAACAAGGAAACUUUCUAGUUUAAACCUUCUUAAACCUUGCAUAUAAUAUCGAUAAAUUAUCUUUUACGCAUGUUAGACAAGUUUUUCAAUUAGAUAUACUAUAUGAAGUGUAUAUGUAUGCUCAAAAAACACAGAGCUAAAUAACUGGAUUUGCCCGUCGUAGUCACAGUGGCAGCGAAGAACUCGAGCGUUCAACGUAAUAUUGAUACUAAUUACAAAAAUCGGGUAUCACAAAACUAUGAUGUUAAACUUAUGGACAGUGAUUGCGGCCACCAUAACCUGUGGCCUUGGAAUUUAUCUUCUCUACAGUUUGAGGAAAUUGAAAAUUUUCAAAAGUGCCGGAAUUCCCCACAACCCACCUAUACCUUUCUUCGGUAAUAUGGCGCCAAUGGUAUUUCGCAGGAUAUACUUGGGAAAUAUGGUGAAAAAUAUGUAUGAUAAUUACUCAAAUGCAAAGUACUUCGGUAUGUAUGACUUCAUGAAACCAGUGAUUGUGCUACGUGACCUUGAACUAGUAAAAUCAAUCGGAGUGAAGAAUUUUGAAAGCUUUCCAAAUCAUCGAACCUUCGUCAAAGAAACUUGGGAUCCCCUCUUUGCCAGAAACUUGUUUUCCUUAACAGGAGAAAAAUGGCACAAUGUCAGGAAUUUGUUGAGUCCAGCUUUUACAUCGAGCAAGAUGAAGACAAUGUACAAACUCAUAUCUCAAUGUGCGAUUGACUUCACUGAAUUUCUGGCUAAGGACACAAAAAAUAAUCAGGUAAGAGAAAUGAAAGACGCAUUCACGAGGUAUACUAAUGAUGUGAUAGCAACGUGUGCAUUUGGGAUCAAAAUUGACUCGAUGAAAAAUCCAGAAAAUGAAUUUUACUUGAUGGGUAAGGAAGGCACGGACCAGAAAAAAAUGACUCCAAAAAUGUUUCUGAUGAGAGACUUUCCAUGGAUUGUAAAGCUCUUCAAUAUUCGAUUAGUCCAUCCUCGAAUUGCUCAAUUCUUCACAGACAUCAUUGAAUCCACCAUAUCUAUUAGAGACAAGGAGGGAAUUUCUCGACCCGAUAUGCUACAACUCAUGAUGGAGAAUAGGAAGAAUGAAAAAAGCAAAGUCGAACUCACUUUAGAGGAAAUGACAGCCCAAGCCUUUAUCUUUUUCUUUGGGGGCUUUGACACGACCUCGACCAACAUGUCUUUUGCUGCUCAUGAACUUGCUGUUAAUCCUGAAAUUCAGGCUAGGUUGCAAGGAGAAAUUGAUAAAGUUUUACGCAAUACAAAUGGAGAUCCUUCAUACGAAGCAAUUAAUGGAAUGGAGUAUCUGGAUGCAGUUUUAAAUGAAACUCUGAGAAAGUAUCCUCUCAUCCCAGUAUUGGAUAGAGUUUGUUCAAAACAAUUUGAACUUCCGCCGACACUUCCUGGAACAAAACCAUUUAUAGUGAAACCUGGUAUGAUUAUCUGGCUUCCGGCCUACGCUAUACAACAUGAUGCUGAUUAUUUUGAAGAACCUGAGAAAUUUAAUCCUGAUCGGUUUUUGAAAAAUGGUAAUGCUACUUUCAAGUCUGCAACAUUUUUAUCAUUUGGUAUAGGUCCCAGACAGUGUAUCGGAAAUAGAUUUGCAAUGUUGGAAACAAAGGCUAUGUUGUUUCACCUACUGGCUAGAUGUAAUCUGAAAGUUUGUUCAAAAACGAGUAUUCCGUUAAAAUUGAGUAAAACGACGUUUGGUCUUACAUCUGAUGAUGGCUACUGGCUGUCUUUGGAAAGCAAAAACAAUAAUUAUAUUCAUAACUAAACUCUUAAUGACAAAGGCUCAGGAAAAGGUAUCGUUAUUUUUUACGCUUUAUUUGAAAGAUGUCUGGUAACUACAAUAUUUUAUUUAAGAAAAUUAUGAUAAUUAUUUGAGUGCCAGGUAAGACUUUCAGUAUAAUACCAUUCUUUCUUUUACAAGGUUUUUAUUAAAAAUGUAGUAAUCUGUUAUUAAAAGUACCAAUAUUUCAUACAAGAAAAUGAUUUGUAUCACGAGAGAAAUAUGUAAGUGACGAGAAAAAAAUUUCACUCGAGCAAGAAAACGUUCCCAGAAUUCGUAUUAUUAAAAAAAUUAAAUAAAUAAAAUUUAUCUAUAAAUGGAAAGUUGGAAAAAGUUCAUAUUUUUCAAGAAGAAUAUCAUCAAAUAUUCUGCUCUGGCAUAAGCACCUGUUAUGAAAAAAAUGUUUUUUUUUUAUAAAUUUAAAUUAACAUCAAAUAAAUCAGGGAUGUACCACAAACAUGUAACGAGACAAAUAGAAGGCUCAAAUGUAAAAAAUUACAAUUUGUACAAACAUUAUUCAAAAAGUUAUUUGAACAAAUUCAUUGGUAAACUAAUAGUGAAAACAAAUAAUAUAUGUUUUAGCAAAUGGAAAAAAUUAUUUUUAAUUUUUUAAACAAUUUUUUUAAAAUGCUAGAUGCGGAAAAACUAAUAGUACUAUUAGAUUCAGCUAAAAAAGUGGCAUGGAGUCCAUGUGUUUUGCGAUUUUUUGUAUGAACUCAAUUGGUGAAGUAGUAUAAAUAAGCAAUUACAUGAUGUAGAAUUUAUAGUCUGCAUAUAACCUCUAAUAACUACUGUUAGGUAUCCGAGAACCGAGCGAAUUUUUUGAGUUUCAAUUUCGAUAGAAAGCCGUGGGUGUAAUCUUUUUAAUACGUAUUCUUGUUUUGUAAAUGAAUCUUCUAAAUUAUUGUUGGCCGAAACAAAAAUUGUUAUGUGUGAAUAUACACACAUAUUGUAUGCUUCAUAACGUCAAUAGUAUGCUUUCAUUGAAUACUACAGUGAGUUUAAAAAGUUUUCGUACUCCUCUUUUUAAUGAGUGAUUAAGUUCUCUUUAUUUUAAUUAUGCCAAAGCUAAAAAAUGUGGUUGGUUGCUCUCAAAAUUCUGUAUAAAAUGAGCCCACGAUCAAGCCAAUUUAUCUAUUUUUUAAGUUGACAUUGUAAAAAUAGUGUAAAUUCCAAUGUUUUCUUAAAUGUUCAAUAAUUACCGAAAUAAUUAAAAAUUUUUUAUGUUUUGGGCUCAUUUUAAAGCUAUUUUUUCACCAUAUCGAAAAAGCUUAUGGGUGUAAAUCGUAAAAAUGUUCUUAUCGAAUUGCAAGAAAGUGAAGUUGUUGUGACAGAAAACGCAAACACGUGCCCGAAGUGCCGGCAUCCGCGCUGCGAAAAGCACAGGCCGUUGAUAUGUGCUUCCUGUGCUCCAUUACCGACUGAAAUCAAAUAUAUGUUAUUUAAGGGCAUGUGACACAGCUAAAUACCUAUAUUACCUACCUCACUUUUUCCGUUCACUGAAUGUUUUUUUGAACCUAAGAACUUUUUUGUAAAUA